AUGAAGUGCACCUCUACCGCCUUUGCCCUCCUGGCCGCAGCCGCAGCCGGUGUCCAAGCAGCCAACAUCCAACUUGUUGGCUCUGUUCUGAACAGCGCUGCAAAAGAACCAUUCGAAAAGAGUAAAACCCUCGUCUAUGCCGGUGGCAAGACAAAGCGUGAUGCACCCAAGGUUUAUGAGCCAGAUCCCAACCGGGAUUACAACCUCGAAGACGGUUACAUCUUUGUCCUUCAGUGUACCACUGUUGGAUUCCGGCCUGAGUGCAUCUCGUUUGGUUCUGAACCCGGAAAGUGCGUGUCUUACUUCGACUUUGACCCCAAGAAGGGCGACGAUCCAACCUCAAUCUCGGAUGCAUUUAACCACAAUGUUACUUCGAUUUCCACUAACACUGGUGGCGUAUGCCAGUUCUACCAUUAUACUGGCUGCGAUGACAAACUCGAUGACCGUGGAUUGAGCACUUCUUACAACUACAACCUUAACGUCUCUUUGCCAGAGGACUCUCGAACCGUCGAGUACUUCAGGAACAUCACUAGCUGGAGAUGUUGA